AUGUUCUCCUUUACUAAGGUUGCCCUUUUGGCCCUUCCGUACCUGGCCUCCGCCCAGUACAUCAUCCCCGAUGACAAGGUCCCUUUUCAGGGUGGUAACGUGCUCAAGGCCAACGACCCUUCGCUGAAGAACUUUACAUUCACUUACAAGGUUCCGUUCGAGCCUGAGCAGUAUGGAGGUUACUACACCUGGGCCGUCAACAACAACACCGUCGCCGGCUCCAACUUCACCGGUCCUCAUAUGAAGCCCGGCUACAAUUACUUCCCCGAAGGUUCUCUCACCACCCACCCUUACUUCAUCAUCAACGAGGGUAACCCCAAGGCCAUCAACGAGACCAGCAUCUUCGGUAACCGCGAUGAUUCCCGUGUCCACGCCCGUGACUUCUGCGCCGACGGAGGCAUGCGCAAGGACGGCGAGGGCAAGGUCAAGAAGAUCCUUCACGUUAUCUUCGAGAACGAGGUCUACAACUGGACCAUGGCCUCCCCUUAUUGGCAAAUGCUCGCCACCAAGGGCAAAUCUCUGACCAACUUCCAUGCCAUUACACACCCCUCGUUGCCCAACUACGCUGCUAUUGUGGCUGGUGACUUCUUCGGCUUGGCCAAUGAAGACUUCUACAACAUCAACACCACCACCGUCUACGACCUGCUUGACGCCAAGAAAUUGUCCUACGCCUCCUAUAACGAGUGGUAUAACCCUAUUGAGACCCACCGUGGCCCCAACGACUGCAACAAUUACAUUACCAACGGCCCCUACGACAACACAAACCCCGAUUGGUCCUCCCAAAUCUACCGCCGUCUGGAUGUCCCCGCUCUGCUCUUCAGCAGUUACACCACUAACUACGAGCGUUGCGCCAAGCUCUACGAUGCUAACGUCACCUUUGCCGAGCACGUUAAGGUCCACACCUUGCCUGAGUACUCGUUCUACGUCCCUGACAUGCUCCACAACUCCCACGAUCCCGAGCCUAACAGCGUCUACAUCGACCAGCCCACCACUGGUGCCAUCUGGUUCAACUCGUGGCUCGACCUCUACCUGCCCGAGCUGGAGGCCCAAGGAACUCUGGUGGUUGCUACUUUUGACGAGGCCACCUGGCAGACUGAUGAUGACUCCAGCCCCAACAACGACAACCACAUCGUGACUAUGCUUUUCGGUGCAGGUGUCACCCCCAACACCGAGGAUAACACCUAUAUCACCACCUAUGGUCUUCUCCGUGGUGCCAUCCAGAACUUCGGUCUCGGCUCUCUCGGCCGUAACGACACCAACGCCACCAACGGCAAUCUGUACGAGCUGAUCUAUUAA